AUGUCAGUGUAUAUGGACGAAGUUGAUUAUGAAUUCAUCACUAGUCUUUUCCCGGAGUAUCUGUUGCAGCAGCCAAUCGCAUACUAUCUAUGGGCGUCUUACUUUCAACAGAAAAAGCUCUUUCACAAAUUAAAGAGCUCUAAGAGUACUUCAAUCAACAGUGGAUUUGUUUCGAACGAUUUUAGUGUGGGACGCCCUCCUACUAAGCUUUCAUAUGCAAUGAGGAAAGUGAUAUGGCAAAAACUUAUGAAUUUGGGUGUCCUGGGAACAUUGUCAUUUGACUCAGCUAAUGACGAGUAUUUGGUACAAGCUCAUAAGUAUUUCUAUCCUGGAAGGUCUUCCUUAUUUGCUGGCAACUCGCUUGAUAUACAUAGGAUGAAAGGCGGCGAGCUGUAUGAUGUUAAUGCUUCUGCAGAGGAAAAUCGUUUAUCAAUCCUAAACCAGGCUGACAGAGAAGAACAAAUGAGUGAUAUUAACGAGGAUAUCAAUGAAUAUGUUGAAGAUAGGCAACCCUUGUCUGACCGUGGUGAGGAUGAGCUCGAUGAUCAAGAUGAUGUAGCAGCAGAUGAAGGAAAUAACAGCUCUAACUCCUCCAGGGAAUCUUCGCAUACUGAAUCAAUGUGCUUUUAUCCAGCAUUGAACAGCCAUAAGUUCCCUCCCAAAUCGAAAAAGAAUACAGCAAACAGCGACAUAUAUCGUAUGCUCGAAUAUAAUUUACCAAGUCAAUGGUCUACUCAGUCAAGUAAUAGCGUUCUUUUAUCAGCGGAUGGUGUCUCAUUACUGAAACCAAAUCCUAAUUGGCAAGCAUAUUUGGCAUAUGAAAGAUCCAAUUAUUCUUCAAGAAAUAGAUCGCGAAACUCUUUCUCGGGAAACCAAAAAAAUAACUUCGCAGUUACUUGGGCAAAUAAUCCAUUGCAUGCAGCUAAAAUAGGGUUAUUCUAUUACGAAAUUCGAGUGCUUAGUGUAACUAGUUCUCAAGGAGCUCAGAAUAGUAACAUAGUUGUUGGAUACAAGUAUUGGUCAGAUGCUGACACUGACGCGACGUCACAACGCACUGAAAACGAACGUAGUUCAACUGCAACUCAAACAUCUGACCUCGGGGAGGGUCUAAGAUCGUCACUUCGUGGCAGUAGUUCAACGAGUGAGGCUACCGUAAACACCCCAGAAAUGGGGACUGCAGGAAAAAUGGGGGUGGACGAAGGUUUUUUCGGAUACUGUGGUAGUGAUGGUUCCAUAACUGCUAGUUCACAGUCAAAAACAUAUUCAAAACCAUUUGGACGUGAUGAUGUUAUAGGAUGUGGUGUCAAUUUUGUCAACGGUACAAUAUUUUUCACUAAAAAUGGUAUUUGCCUUGGCACUGCAUUCACUGACUUCUAUGAUUUCAACUUGAUACCAUAUAUCGCAUUGAAACCAGGAAACUCCGUGAGGACAAAUUUUGGACUUUAUGAAGAGUUUGUAUUCGACAUACUUGGAUAUCAACAAAGAUGGAAGGCCAAAUCUUACAAACAUAUAUUCAGAUCGAUAGAUAGCGAUGAUAUUUCAAACGAAUUUGAAUCGGAUGAGGAAGUAAACGUAAAUGAAGAGAGCGGACGUAAUGAUAAUGAAAUGGACAUUGAUGAUGAAAAGGAGAAGGAGGAGAACAGUAAUAGCGAAUUUGAUCCGGACUUAAUACUGCGUGACUCCAGAUCUGAAAAGGACCAAAUGUACAGGCCUAAUGUUGACAAAAUAAAUACUUUAAAUACUGGUGACGAUUCUAUACCAUCUACUUUGCAUACUAUGAUCAAUGACUAUCUAAUACACGAGGGUUUAAUCGAUGUUGCGAAGGGAUUUUUAAAGGAUCUGAAAAAGAAUGAUGUUCAGGAGGACAAUGAGGGCAAGUCAAAUGCUGUCAUGAGGCAUAACGAAAGACAGAUUAUCAAAGAAGAGAAAAAUCUGAAUAUAAGACAAGAACUGAGACGUUUCAUUACUCAUGGUAAUAUUUCUCAAUGCUUGGAGUACACUGAGACGCAUUUACCUGGACUUUUGCAAGAGAACAUUGAGCUCUUGUUCGAAUUGAAAACGGCUCAAUACCUAUUAACUAUACUGAAUCACAAAGACUAUCCAAUUGAAAAAAUUGUUACCAAGGGUCAAGAGCUCUCGAAAGAGUUCGUUUACGAUGAAAGCAUCUCUCAAGAGUUACGAGAAAGAUUCAGAAAUCAGUUAAGUAAUGUUUCAGCCCUGCUAGCUUACGAAGACCCUAUCAAUGAGCCACCGGAAGAAUUGACAGCCUAUCUAUCAAGUGACUUCCUACAAGAUAGAUUAUAUCAAGCCGUCAAUACUAGCGUUCUGACUUUCCUGCAGAAAGAUAGCGAGUGUGAACUUGAAAAUGUAAUAAGUUAUACCAGAGCAAUGCUGUCGACUUUAAUGAACUACGAAGCUGAAGGAUCGGUGGUGUUCAACGGAACUGAACUUAGAUAUUAUAAAACUGUAAACAUGGACGAAGAUCUAUUAAAUCUCUAG